ACAGCUCUGUGUUUGGCCAGAGACUACACAUAGUUAUAUGUAGCCAGACAGCUCUCACUCUCACUGUUUGUCUGGACUAAUGUGCCCAUGGCUUGGUACUUACAGACACAGAUAAUUAAAAUUGCAUGUUUUCACAUUGAAAUAUGAGACUCUUGAGCAUGCAGUAAUACAGAUGCAACAUUACAAUAGUGGACACGGGAUAUUACCAAACAGAACAAUAUGUUGAACACAAAAUUUUGGUAAUCACAAAUGUAGGUGAUUAUCAAUAAUCCAAUUUGCUACAAAUCAAGGUGUUGGCUAAACAGUAAACAUGCUAAUAACAUUAGCACUAUAUUUAAUUAACAAUAUUUUCAAAACUAGAUAAUCUCUAAAGGAUAUACAAACUGAGAUACUGUUUGGUUGUGGGUCUGUAGAGAGACACAAUUGACAUACCAGCAGUGUAGGCAGUAAAUGAUCUUUAAAUAUUAUUUUAAGCAGACAAUUAGGUAAAAGUAUAUUUUAUUAUGGCUAGGUAACUUUCAUAUUGCCAUGACAACGGUGCGCACGCUAGCAGUUAGUUUGCUCAUCUGUUAUCUCAGCUACAUUUAAGUAGCAAACUCACCCUAGCUGAAACCGUGUAAAGAACACGUCGACCAAAUUUUAUUUCUGACCGUCAGAAAUGGCAGUGAUGGGUCUAGGAUGUGACACGUGACAGAGCUUACACACGAAGGUGUAAAGUAUGUUUGCGUAAUUUGUCAAAAUAUUGAACUGAGAACAAGGCGUGGGAAUUCGCAAGUGCCCGGCUAACGAUUUACAACCGACGGAGGCGCUUGCGUCGGUGUCUUCAGGCGAGUUCGAUUGUUCAACAUCCCGGAAACAAGCCGGAGGAUCACAGCAACAUGCCGACUCAAAAUGUCUGGGAAGCCGCGUUUACUGGGAAUGUUCGAGACGUUCAUCGCGCAGUGGACGCUGGAGCGGAACCGGAUGCGCUUGACAAGAGUGGUUUGACUGCUUUACACAAGGCCGCUAUGAACGGCCACAUUCAAUGCAUGGAAGCUCUGGUAGAGCGAGGCUGGGAUGUGAACAAGGCGGACUCAAGUGGCUGCACUGCAUUGCAUAUUGCGGCUAAGAGCGGCCAAAUGGACGCCGUCAAGUGGCUCGUUGACCAAGGAGUCGACAUCCGCGUCAAAUCGAAGAAAGGGAACACGGCGAGACGAAUGGCGAGUAACUCAGGGAAUAUGGAUAUUCAUACCUACCUCAAUGAUUUAGAGUUGACAAAAUUUGGUUCUGUCAUCUAAAGUACUACCAACGUUGCCAGAAAUGAAGAGUUCGUCGUUUGACUUCACAAUUUGUUUGUGACUGAAGAAUGGAUUUGUUGUAGGUUAUCAUAUUUGUGAGUAUUCCUUUGAUAUGUUGUGUGUGUAUAUUAGGAUUGUUUAGAUGCCUGGUAGAUGUCUGUUGCAAAUGUAUGUUACAGAAACAGAUAACAAAUGUUAGUUGGCAAGCAAGCUAUCCAUUGCUACCUUGAAACAUGUUUUUUGUUUAUUGUCUG